CGGCCGUUGAGCGGAGAAGAGGAGGCGGAGCUCUCCGAGGCGGGAAGGAAGGAAGGGACGGGCGCCCGCGGAGAGCCCGCGGAGGCGGAGGAUGACCCAGCAAGGGGCGGCCCUGCAGAGCUACAACAACGAGCUGGUCAAAUGUAUCGAGGACCUGUGCGUGAAGCGGGAAGAGCUGACCAAGCAGAUCUGUAUGGAGGAGGAGGAGAAGGUCAAGCUCCAGGGCGAGAUCCGCACCCUGACCGAGCGCCUGGCCCGAGUCAACGAGAACCUGGCCCGAAAGAUGGCCUCCCGCAACGAGUUCGAUAAGACCAUCGCCGAGACCGAGGCCGCCUAUAUGAAGAUCCUGGAAAGUUCCCAGACGCUGCUCAGUGUCCUGCGGAAGGAGGCCGGGAACCUCAGCCGAGCCACGGAAUCCAAAACCCCAACAGCCAAGGAAAGCUGAAGACUCUGGGCUCUUCUCAGGGAGGUCUCUCAUAGGCCAAGCAAUGUAUAAUAAAGAGGAUUUUGUUUUCCAAAA